AUGUCAGCCUCUUCGUACACCACAGUCCCAUACAAUCCCCCAACACGUCCCUGGCCAUACUCACCUUCCGACUUCCUUCGACAGGACUCUUCCCCAGACAGCGGCUUCUACAGCAGUCCCCGCUUCGUAACUCACAUCGAUGCUCCCGCAAUAGCAUCUUUGCAAACUUACUAUGCCUCCACUCUUCCCCAAUCGGGUCGGAUACUGGACUUUUGCAGUUCGUGGAUCUCCCACUUUCCUCCCUCAACAAUCACAGCCRUCGAAGCUGGCAGACUGGAAGUCAUAGGAAUGGGCAUGAACGCCGCCGAGCUGGAUCGCAACCCUCAUCUCUCAGGUGGACGUAUUCUGCGUGAUUUGAAUUCAGAGCCGGAGCUUGAUGGAGUGAUCGAAGGGCAGGUGGAUGCGGCGACUUGUGUUGUUAGCAUAGAUUACUUGACGAAGCCUGUAGAAGUAUUGCGAAGUUUGAGAGAGAAGAUGAGGGAUGGCGGCAGUGUGCAUUUAGCUAUCAGCAAUCGAUGCUUUCCGACGAAGGUUGUGAGGAGGUGGUUGAUGCUCAGCGAGAAGGAGAGGUUAGAGAUGGUUGGUGAUUAUUUGGUGUUCGCAGGGUGGAAAGAGGUGGAAAUUGUGGAGGUCAGCGAGGGAAGAAGAAGCGAUCCGCUGUGGGUUGUAAGGGGCGUAAAAAAAUGA